AUGAGCACGCCCAAGCCACUAAAGGUCGCUAUUGUUGGCGGUGGAAUUAGCGGAAUCUGCCUUGCCAUCGGCCUCCUUGAACAGCCUCAGUUAGAGCUGACCAUCUUCGAAGCUUCGCCCACGUUCACUGAAAUUGGGGCUGGACUGGCACUUGGGCCCAAUGCUCAAAGAGCUCUGCAACUGCUAUCUCCUGAGGCUGAAGCUGCAUUCUGGCAUUUCGCCACUGGAAACUCUUCACCCGAGUUCAACAAGACAUGGUUUAACUUUCGACGCCAAGCUCAAGGCCAUGAAGAUGGUCUGGAGCUUGGAUCCAUAGAAAACCAAUCUGGACAACAAACCGUUCAUCGGGCAAAGUUCCUGGAUGCACUCAUAAAUCUUGUCCCCAAAGACAGGGUACAAUUUGGAAAGAGACUACUACGAAUCUCUGACCAUGGUGCAUAUACCGUGCUGCACUUUGCAGACGGGACGGCAGCGAGGACUGACUGUGUGAUUGGAGCCGAUGGUGUUCAUAGCACCGUGCGCAAGUACCUACUUGGCGCCACAUCACCUGAAGCAACGCCAGUGUUUUCUGGGAUCGUCGCCUAUCGCGGUUUGAUUCCCAUGGAGAUCGCCAGGCACUCCUUGGGUAAAUACGCCUCUGACGCGUACUUAUGGUGCAGCAGUGAAGGGAUGGUCAUGAGCUAUCCAAUCAACUCUGGCCAAGUUGUCAACGUGGUUGCAGCGUGCUACAGAGAAUCUUGGAACGAGAAGUUGUAUGUGCUUAAUACUACAUUGGAACAGAUGAGAAAGGAUUUUCAGAGUUUUGAGGGUAUACCCCAAGAGAUUAUCAAGGUAUAUCCUAUCGCCAUGCCUUCUUUUUUCGAUGACCCUCGACUGACAUUUGAUAAGCUAUUAGGCGACGCCGCUCAUCAAAGCCAGGCAGCUUGUAUGGCCAUUGAAGAUGCAGCUGCGCUUGGAAUUCUCUUUAACAAGACAUAUUUCAAAGGGGAUGUGUCUGAGGCACUCUCAACAUAUGAGAAAGUACGUCUCCCGCGGGCAACAAAAGUCCAGGCAGCUGCUGCAAGGGCGUCAGAGAACAUCAACGAGCGAAUCGGAUUCUCCAGUAAUGUCGAGAAUCCAAUAUAUAAAGUAAAGAGUGAGCAGGGGAAACUUACCAUUGAAGAAAUGAAUGCGUAA